UCCCUAUUAGUGUUCAUCAUAUUGUUCAUUCAUUCAUUCCCAAUCCCUAACAUAUAUGUUACGCGAAGCCGAACGAAAUUCCCAAAUCGCCAAAUCCCUAAAAAUCAAAACACUCACUCCUGCGCCAUCUUCUUUAUCGUUCUCCAAGUUCUUCAAUCAUUCUCCAAUCUCUUCACCUUAAAUUACUCGAUCCAAUCCCGUAAUCGUCCCAUCGAGAGAAGCGAUCGAACCCUAGACGGCCGACCUUGCAGAUUUCUUCGUUUUCAUUCGGUAAAGGAGCGAGAGAAGUCCUUGUCGAUUUUUGGAGUUUUGAUUUUGCCAAAGCUUGAGGCGAAACCCUAGACGGCCACCGCUGUCAUUCGAGAAAGGUGAUAAAUCUUCAACUGAUUGGGACAAGGCAUGGUCAAACUUUAAGAAGGAAGGGAAAAAAACUCUCUUCUCAAAUUUUUCUCCAAAUAAGUAUGUAAGCUGGAAUCUCAGGCGUUCAGAUUUCCCACUUUCUGAAGAGGUUGAUCCUAUCAAGAGAACAGAGAGAUCAAACCUCAAGUUUUGGAAUAGUCCUACUUUUACUCUAGGUGGAGCACUUAUAAUUCUCAUAUUUCUUUUGUUGUACACUCUAAGAUCCAUUAUUUUAUCAUUUUGCAUUGCUGAUUAAAGUUUUGUCUCAAUUGGGAUAUGGAAGUGUUGCUGCUAUACUAUCAUACAUUGAAGAAAUUGUAAAAGAAAAUUGUGAAGGCAAUUGGAAGUGUUGCUGCUAUACUAUCAUACAUUGAAGGCAAUUUUGCAUUGCUGCUAUACUAUCUAAUUAACAAUAUGUGCUUUCUAUUUUUCAUUUAUAGUAAUAAUGAAUGUACACCAAUAUUUGAUUAUGUGCAGUUUAGAAGUUUGGGUUGAUAGUUCGUUGGUUGUUCGUGUUCUGUUCGAAGUUAGAAGGUUCAAUCACGGUCUCAUCUACAGGACUUGCUGGAAUUCCUUCAGAGGGACAUGUUUUGUUUGUUGGAUACCACAUGUUGCUAGGAUUGGAAUUAGUUCCCUUGGUUUCUCGAAUUUUUAAUGAAAGAAAUAUCCUUGUAAGAGGAAUAGCACAUCCCAUGAUGUUUGCGAAACGAAAAACAGAAGAUUGCCAGAAAUAUCUUCUUUUGACACAUUCAGAAUUAUGGGUGCUGUUCCUGUGGCACCGUCUAACCUCUUCAAACUUUUAUCUUCCAAGUCACAUGUCCUGUUAUAUCCUGGAGGGAUGCGCGAGGAUCUUCAUAGGAAGGGUGAAGAAUACAAGCUAUUCUGUCCUGAACAAUCCGAGUUUGUCAGGAUGGCAGCUAGAUUUGGAGCGAAAAUUGUACCUUUCGGUGCUGUUGGAGAAGAUGAUCUUGGCCAAGUUGUGAUUGAUUAUGAUGACUUGGUGAAGAUUCCUUAUUUCAUGUCUGAAAUUGAAAGCCUUACAAAUGAGGCUAUGCAGUUGAGCUAAAUCAUUUGGUUGUGGCAACAGUUGUAAUUGAGCUUGAGUAAUAAUCCUGUUGGAUAGGGGCACAUCUAACUGUACAAUGGUAUAGCUUGAAGAUAAUUUAAUAUGAACUAGAAGCAUGAUUGAAUGUCUCUAGAAAAAAAAAACCAUACAAAAGCUACAAAAAAAAAAAAACUAACAUACCACUACUGGUAUUUAUAAUAAACAGACGUGAAAACUAAGCAUACCACUACGGGUAAAGGUAAUGACCCGUAGUGGAAUCCCCAUUUCUUUAAAAAAAAAAACUGGAAACCAUACA